AUGAAGAGCAUACUGGUCACCAGUCAGGAUAAGACUCCUGCUGUAGUGAGGAAAGCCAUGGUCAAACACAACCUGGACCGCGAGCGAGCCGAGGAUUACGAGCUGGUGCAGAAAAUCAGUGAGGAGAAGGAGCUGAAGAUUCCCGACAACGCCAACGUUUUUUACGCCAUGAACUCGACAGCCAACUAUGACUUUGUCCUGAAGAAGAGAGGUUUCCCGCGGGCGAGCCGGAGCAAGCACGUGGCCAGCUCCACUCUCCCCCGCAUGAAGCAGAAGGGGCUGAAGAUCGCCAAGGGAAUCUUCUGAGUCUCAGCCGGUGUGUGAC